UGUCAUGGCUGUUAUCACGUGACGGUCCAAAGCCUCUAUUGUGCUCACGCCUUCAUUUUACUCACACACUGCACAUGAUUUGGGUUCCCUGUGGUCUAACACGUGCGAAUCUGCAAAAUUGUGCAAACUUUUGAAGCGGGAGAUGUGAAUAUACAAAAAAGAACAAAAAUGCCUAGUUCUGUUUAUGGAUUCUACCAAGUUCCAGGCUUGUCUUCAGAAGCCCAAGAAGUUACUCUAACUGCACUAAAAGCAGCAAUUCCCAGGCUCGACAUUACAAAGUUCGAAAGUGAACUGUGCUUCUAUGUUGGUGUUGAGAACCAGUUGACGAAGGUGGAAGAAGAAUCAUUGAGACGAAUUUUCAGUAGAUCUUUCGAAAAAGAAAAGACAACAAGAACCUCACAUCUUUACACGAAAGGUAAUACAUUCAAAGAUUCAACCAAUAGCAUUAUUAUCGAAAUCGGACCAAGGCUGAAUUUUUCCACGGCAUUUUCUACAAACGCUGUAUCUAUUUGCCAAUCGAUUGGUUUGAAGAAAGUAGAAAGAGUUGAACGAUCUCGUCGAUAUCUGGUCGAGUUUCAUGAUAAAGAUGAAACUCAGAUAUCUAGCGUAUUAAAUAAAGAUGAAGAGCUAGCAUUAGUACAUCUGCUUCAUGAUCGUAUGACUGAAUGUCGCUAUGUCAAGCCAAUUGAGAGUUUUGAAGUUGAUGUCCAUCCAGAACAGUGGUACGAGAUUGAUGUGAUGGGCCAAGGAAAGCCAGCUUUGGAAAAGAUUAAUAAAGACCUUGGCCUUGCUUUUGACGACUGGGAUUUAGAAUAUUAUUCAGAGGUUUUCAAAGAAAGAGUUGGUCGUAAUCCAACGAGUGUUGAAUGCUUUGAUCUUGCCCAGUCCAACAGUGAACAUUCUCGUCACUGGUUCUUCCGCGGCAGACUUGUUAUUGAUGGGAAGGAGAUCGACAGUUCCCUCAUGAAAAUGGUCAUGAAAACACAAGAAACCAGUAAUGAUAACAACGUGAUUAAGUUCAGCGACAAUAGCAGUUCUAUAUCUGGCUUCAGUGUACCCAUUUUAAAGCCAGACAAUCCAAAAACUGCCAGCAAAUUCCACAUGAAAAAGGACAUUACAAGACACAUCAUUUUCUCUGCUGAGACUCAUAACUUCCCCACAGGUGUUGCACCCUUUUCUGGUGCAACCACUGGAACUGGAGGACGCAUCAGGGACAUUCAAGCAACUGGUAGAGGGGCACAUGUUAUAGCAGGAACAGCAGGUUAUUGUUUUGGGAAUUUACAAAUACCAGGUUACAAGCUUCCAUGGGAAGACCCUGAUCUCACAUAUCCUCCAAAUAUGGCUCCUGCUUUAGAAGUAGCUGUAGAAGCAAGCAAUGGUGCAUCGGAUUAUGGCAAUAAGUUUGGAGAACCUGUGCUGGCUGGUUUUGCAAGGUCAUUUGGAAUGAAACUACCUAGUGGUGAGAGACGUGAAUGGGUGAAACCCAUCAUGUUCAGUGGUGGCAUUGGAAGUAUUGAUGCAGCAAAUAUAACAAAGCUUCAUCCUCAGCAAGGCAUGGAAGUUGUUAAGGUUGGAGGCUCUGUCUACAGAAUAGGAGUGGGUGGUGGUGCAGCAUCGUCUAUUCAGGUACAGGGGGAUAAUGUGUCAGAGCUUGACUUUGGUGCAGUUCAGAGAGGAGAUGCUGAAAUGGAGCAAAAGAUGAACCGUGCUAUAAGAGCUUGUCUAGAACUGGAUUCCAACCUUAUUUGUAGUAUUCAUGAUCAGGGAGCUGGUGGAAAUGGUAAUGUACUAAAAGAAAUCUGUGAACCUGCGGGAGCUAUGAUCCAAGUUAAAGAUUUUACGCUUGGGGAUCCCACAUUGUCUGUGUUGGAGAUAUGGGGUGCUGAGUACCAAGAAAGCAAUGCUUUAUUGGUUAGAAAAGAAGACAAAAAGUCUUUGAAGGAGAUUUGUUGUAGAGAGAAAGUUCCUGUUGACUUUGUUGGGAAUAUUACAGGUGAUGGACAUAUAGUUCUAGAGGAUGCUUUAUGUACAAAUGGUAGUACCAAGAGUCUGGUUGAAAAAGCUGCAAAGCGUAAAAAAACUGCUAUUUAUCCUGUGGAUUUGGAACUGGAUGUUGUUCUGGGAAAAAUGCCAAGAAAGGUGUUUAACUUGGAGCGAAUCCAAACCAAACUAAGACAAUUAGAAAUAGAUUGUAAUCUAACUCUGAGAGAGGCACUUGAUAGAGUACUGAGAUUACCAUCAGUGGCUAGUAAAAGAUACCUCACAAACAAAGUGGAUCGUAGUGUAACGGGACUAGUAGCCCAACAGCAAUGUGUAGGUCCAUUGCACACUCCUGUAGCAGAUGUAGCAGUGACUGCAUUAUCUCAUUUUGACACAUGUGGUUCAGCAACGGCUAUCGGCGAACAGCCAAUCAAAGGGCUGAUCAAUAAUCAAAGUGGUGCAAGAAUGACUGUUGGAGAGGCGCUGACUAAUCUGGUCUUUACAAAGAUAUCUGACUUAAAGGAUGUUAAGUGCAGUGCAAAUUGGAUGUGGGCAGCAAAACUACCCGGAGAAGGAGCAGCACUGCAUGAUGCAUGUAAUGCAAUGUGCACCAUUAUGGCUGAUAUAGGAAUUGCUGUUGAUGGGGGAAAAGAUUCCUUAAGUAUGGCCGCCAAAGUCGGGGGACAACCCGUCAAGGCACCAGGAGCUCUAGUCGUUUCUGUAUAUGCUCCUUGUCCAGACAUCAGACUCAAGGUUACACCAGAUCUAAAGCUUCCUCAUGGCAAGGGAUCACUUGUUUAUGUUAGAAUGGGCUCCAGUAAAUGUCGUCUCGGUGGAAGUGCACUGGCUCAAGUCUAUAAUCAGAUUGGAAAUACCUGCCCAGACCUCGAUGAUCCAAAAGAAUUCGUCUCAGGAUUCCAGACUACACAAGAACUCAUUGGCAAUAAGCUUGUUACAGCUGGACAUGAUGUCAGUGAUGGUGGCUUAGUCACAGCGUUGCUAGAGAUGGCCUUUGCAGGGAACUGUGGCAUCGACGUCAAUCUUCAUUACCCAAGCACAGAAGAACCCUGUGUCAGCAAAGCGAUAGAUCUUUUAUUCGCUGAGGAACUUGGUAUAGUUCUUGAAGUCAGCAAGCGCAACCUUGGUAAAGUCUUGAGUGCUUAUAAGUCAAGUAACGUUGCAUGCUGUGAGAUUGGCCAGACUGGAAGCCUCGGGGAAGAUAGCUACGUAUCAAUCUGUUUGGAAGGCGUUUCUGUCCUCAAAGAGAAUAUGGUGGACCUGAGAGACAUAUGGGAGGCAACAAGUUUUCAGCUGGAGAGACGGCAGUGCAACCCAAGGUGUGUAGAAUUAGAGGAAGCUGGACUGCGACACAGGAAAGCUCCAGAAUAUUGCCUAACAUUUGAGCCAUUGGCAGCUGCACCAAGAGAAAUGACGGACUCGCCCCCUAAAGUGGCUGUUAUAAGAGAAGAAGGAAGUAACGGUGACCGUGAGAUGGUUGCUAGCCUUUACAUGGCAGGCUUUGAAGUGUGGGAUGUGACUAUGAAUGACCUCUGUCAAGGAUCUUUCAGUUUGAAAAUGUUUCGUGGUGUAGUGUUUGUUGGGGGUUUUAGCUACGCUGAUGUGAUGGGAUCGGCAAAGGGUUGGGCGGCAGUUUGUCAGGUAAACGAUACGGCACGUAAAGAGUUUGAUUCAUUCCUCACACGUAACGACACAUUCAGUCUAGGAAUCUGUAAUGGAUGUCAGCUAAUGGGGCUGCUUGGUUGGGUCGGGUCUGAUACAACGGCUUCUUCAUCAAACGAAGAUAGUGACGCCUUGUGUGCCUCUCAAGGUGUGUGCUUUACACAUAAUACUUCCGAAAGAUUCGAGUCCCGUUUUGUGACAGUUUCCAUUGAACCAAGUCCUGCCAUUAUGUUAAAAGGAAUGGAAGGUUCAACCCUGGGCGUCUGGGUAGCUCAUGGAGAGGGCAGAGCACAGUUUCGGCGAGCUGACAUCCUACAAGAUAUUUUGGCUAAAGAUCUUGCUCCUGUUCGUUACGUUGAUGACGACUGUAACAUUACAACUCAGUAUCCUCUAAACCCCAAUGGAUCCCCGCUGGGAAUAGCUGCACUGUGUUCACAGGAUGGUCGUCACCUUGCUAUGAUGCCCCAUCCAGAAAGAUGUACGUUGAUAUGGCAAUGGCCUUGGAUGCCUGAAGAUUGGAGGCAAAACCUUGAAACAUCACCAUGGUUACAGAUGUUUCACAAUGCUUUCAUGUGGUGUCAACAGUAAGCUGUCUCUAAUACCUAUAUACCAGAUACCUAUACUUGUACUAGAUGUAGCCUUUCGAUUUCAAUUUAUAAUUUUUCGUUCAGUCGUGAAAGAAAACUUUUAAAGUUUACUUAAAUAAUAAUUUCGGAGAGCUUUUCUUGUAAGUUGUAAAUCACUUACGAAUCUGGUUAUACUCAGAUACCAAUAAUGCUAAAAGCAUAAAGGUGCAGUGCUAAUUUUUUUCAGUAUUUCUUUAAUAAAGAGAAAUGCUAGGAA